UGCUCUCCCUGUGCCCACCCUCCUAUUCAGCACUGUUGACCACUGGAGACCCUUCUGAAGCACAAAGUCUCCACAUCACGUGCAGGGGUAAUCUGUCGAUUAUCUUAUGUAGUAUACCUACUCCAGCCGUCGGAAAAGCAUCGGUCCUUUGCGCUGGGGUACACACGCUAGUCCCCUUAGGGAUCAGCCUCAAGUCCAACCAGACUUCGCCAAAGUGUCCAGACUCAAGGAACAGGGAUCACGUCUAGGAACCGAUCUGGAGAACAGCCUGGACACAAAUCAACGUCGCUCCUUUCCCCCCCCGGGCCCUGAACUUUGCCUGCCUCUUAAAUCCAGAACAGCUCGACUUUGCUGUGCCCGCCUGAUCAGCAGCCGCGUCUGACGUCUCUCGUCGAACCACUCCCGAAAAGAGCUCCUGCAAAGAAGCUCCCGCCAUGUUCUUCCCUUCGGUUGCCAAGCUGCUGCUUGCAGCUGGCUUCGCCCACUCUGCCCUGGCCCACAACAUUGCGCUACCCGCCCAUGGCCGCGAGUGCUUCCAUGAGACGUUGCACCGCGAUGACAAGAUGACCGUCACCUUCCAGGUCGGCGACCGCGAGUUUGGCAGCGCCGGCAACCUUGACAUCGACUUCUGGAUCACGAACCCUCAGGGUCAGUACGAGACCUUCGACAAGAGCGUUUCCAACGGUGACUUCUCCUUUGACGCCAAGCACGACGGAAAGUACACAUACUGCUUCGGCAACGAGCACUGGGGCGCCCACAGCAAGGAGGUUUCCUUCAACGUCCACGGUAUUGUUUACGUCAGCGAGACUGACGUGCCCGCCGAUCCCCUCGAGACUGAAGUCCGUCACCUCUCCGAACUCCUCGCUCAGGUCAAGGAUGAGCAGUCCUAUAUCGUCAUCCGCGAGCGCACCCACCGUAACACCGCCGAAAGCACCAACAGCAGAGUGAAGUGGUGGAACCUGUUCGUUAUUGGUCUGGUCAUCGGAGAGUCCGUUUUCCAGGUGUGGUGGCUUCGCAGAUUUUUCGAGGUCAAGAGAGUGGUUUAAGAAAAGGCGGCGUCAUUUUCCGUUUCUCAGAUACCCGUGCUGAGGACGACAGCUCGUAGGCGCAUAAAACAUUGGAAGACCAUGCGAGGGCAAGACACAGAGAAAGGGCGUAAUUCCUUGGCCCUCUGGAGAUAAGGUUGACAUGUAUAGUGUAUCAUAAAUCACACAUGAAUGACACGCCCAAUUAUGAAUCCGAGAAAAAAAUAGGUCCAGCACGCUAGCGAGCCACCAGAACACCGUGGAGGUCGCAAGGUCUGCAAGCCCCUCGGGCAUGCAAACUUAAGCUUGACCUUGGUUCUUGCAUGGCAGGAACGGCAAAACCGCAGCAGCAGCAGGAGGCAGGCAAGGCAGAUGGAGUGUGAGUCAUGCCUCAGGCAUCCAGUACCACAAGUACAUAG